AUGAUGCUCUCGAGAGCUGCCCGCCCGGCUCUGCGAGCUGGCCAAGCGGCCGUCGCCCGGCCCGCGACCGUCAAUGUCGCCGCCAGCGCCAACUACGCCACUCUGCGUGAGAUCGAGGACCGCCUCAAGUCGAUUCGCAACAUCGAGAAGAUCACCAAGACCAUGAAAAUCGUCGCCUCGACCAAGCUCACCCGCGCCCAGCGUGCCAUGGAGACGUCGCGUGCCUACGGCCAGGCUUCCAACAACGUGUUCGAGCAGGCCGAGACCAAGCCGGUCGAGGGCGAGGGCAAGAAGGACCUUGUCAUUGUGUGCAGCUCCGACAAGGGUCUCUGCGGUGGUAUCCACUCUGGUCUGUCUAGGUUCACGCGCAGGAUCCUCCUGGAGAAGCCCGACACCGAGCUCGUCGUUCUCGGUGAGAAGUGCAAGUCGCAGCUGAGCAGAGGCAACGCCAAGAACAUCCAGCUUAGCUUCGCCGGUGUCGGCAAGGACAUUCCCACCUUCGCGGACGCUUCGGCCAUUGCGGACCAGAUCUCUCGUCUCUCUGGCGACUACGGUUCUGUCAAGAUCGCCUACAACAAGUUCAUCAACGCCCAGGCCUACGAGCCCGUCACCAUUGACGCUUUCUCGGAGGAGGCCAUCACCCAGUCCGAGAACCUUGCUGCCUUCGAGAUCGAGGACGAGACCCUCCCCAACCUCCGUGAAUACGCCCUGGCCAACUCUCUCUACUGGGCUCUUGCCGAGGGUCACGCCUGCGAGCAGUCCGCUCGUCGCAACGCCAUGGACAACGCCUCCAAGAACGCCGGCGACAUGAUCAACAAGUUCCAGAUUCUCUUCAACCGUACCCGCCAGGCCGUCAUUACUGGCGAACUUGUCGAGAUUAUCACUGGUGCCGCCGCCUCCGAGGAGUAA